GAGGUUGUAAAAUAAACUGAACUACUUCCACACCUUCUUACAGCUCACAGGACUCUGUGACAGAUAAAACAAGCAAUGGACCCUGAUUACUUCAAAUCUUAUGACAUGUGUUGGGGUACCCUCGGAACGGUGCGACCCUUCUCUAAUUUCCACCCUGACCGGGAUGCCAUGGAGAUCCAGGCAGCUCUGGAGAAGAAAGACGCAGUGACUCUGGUGAGGAUCCUCACCAAUCGGAGCAACGCUCAGAGGCAGCUGAUCGCCAAGACCUUUGAGGAAAUCACACAAAGGGACCUGGCAGCUGGUUUGAAGAAAGCUCUGUCUGGAGAACUGGAGGCUCUACUGUUGGAGCUGCUGAUGCCUCCUCUGGAGUACGAGGCUCAUCGCCUGCAACAGGCUAUGGCGGGUUUAGGCACAGAUGAGGAAACACUGCUGGAGAUCCUGUGCACGCAAUCUGGAAAACAGCUUCAAGAAAUUAGUGCUUCCUACCGACACUUUUAUAAGAAGGACCUGGAGAAGGAACUGAAAGGAGAAACCAGUGGAGACUUUGCUAAGCUUAUUGUAGCUUUGCUAAAUAAAGAGAAUGUUGCCGGUGACGUCCAAAGAGAUAUUAAGUCCCUCUCUGCAUCACUAAAUGGGAAAAAAGCUGAAGCAGGGCCAUGGAUCGAAAUACUGACCUCCAGAGACUCAGACCAUCUCAACAAAGUGCUGUUUGGACUGGAGAUGGAGAGCGGACAGAUGGUGGAUCAGGCCUUGGAGAAGAAGUUUACAGGAGACUUUCAACUGGGAUUGAAGGUUUUAGUACAAUGCAUUCAGAACCCGGAUGUCUACCUGGCCAAAAGACUGAUGACCAAGAAAACACCGAUAGUGCAGGGGAUCAUGGUGUCUCACAGUGAGGACGAUCUGCUGUGUAUCCGAGCUGCCUACCUGAAACUAACAGGCAUGUCUCUUUACAGUGCUCUACAGAAACAGUACAAAGGAGAUCAUCUACAGGCUAUGCUGGCCAUCUGUCGAUCUGAAGAUUAAACAAAGGCUAUAAAGUCUUUUAUUUUAUGUUUUUCCUUUUGAAUCAGUUUAUCGUACUGCAAAAAUAAACUUUAUGUUCUGUUACUUUUCAUACUUCAAGGAAUCUCAUUUAAUGUCCUGCCUUGCAUAUUGUUUGAAUACAAGGAACUGAAUGUGACAAAACAAGUGGCUUUGGAUAUUUUAUGAGUGCAGUUUUGUUUUUAUUAAUUUAAAUAUAUGUACUCCUCAUAUCGAGGAAUUUAAAAAAAACAGUACUUCUAUGCAGAGAACAUUGAGCGUCUUUUUUUUUUGGUAAUUUUAAUGUUAAUCUCUGCUGAGUACAUGGUCUGUAUACACACAGUAUAACAGUCAUUAUUUUCUUUCAAAAAGUAUACAUUAGUCUUAAGUCUCUCAGGUUCCCAUGGAUCGUGGCUGCUGCUGUGGUCCUGCACGACGUCCACUACACAUAUUAUUACUGUCAUUAUGUUACC